UUGCUGCAUUAGCCGAGUUGUCUUUUGCUCUUAGAUAGGGGAAGGAGGGUUGUCUGCUGUCUGGUAGGAGGGCUUUGUCUGUGUGUGCCUUUCUCUCUGUCUCUCUCUCUCUCUCUCUCUGUCUCUGUCUCACACUCUCGCUUGCACUCCCUCUCUCUCUCUUGCUCUCUCUCUCUCUCCCUUUCCCGUCUCUGUGGUUUGUAAGGUAGGUUGCAGUGUGUGUAUAUACACAACAUCAAGAGCAGGAAAAUGGACUCAUUAGGGAGGCAGGCAGUCAUUACCAUUCACACUGCACUUCCAGGGAGGCAGCGACUAUGAGGAGACAAACUGAGGACUGGGGAGCAAGACGCACAGAAAAGAAGUGUUAGGAACUGCGUUUAACCCUUUUGGAAUCAAAGGGGAAAAGGGAACUAGAGAGCUUAAUACCCCUGUUGCUUCCUGCUUGUGCUGUGACAACAAUUCAUCUUUGUAUUUACCAGUUGAGCUCAACCCUGCAUCUCAUCCCACCCUAUCCUGUUGAUUUCCAUUUGGCCACUUGAGUGCCUGAAGUUACAUUUUAGAUGCUGAAAUCACUGCACCUUAAAAACAAAAACGAAAAGAAUUGAGCUGCACUUCAUUCCUCUUCCACCGUGUUGUGAUCAAUUCCAUAAUGUUGGAACUUUGGACGUUUGUGUGACUAAUGAAAGCCAUUGAGAGAUAAAAGGAGCCAUUCAGGCUAAUGAGUUGCUCAUGCCGGGUUACAACUGGCUGUAACCAAAGAAGGCCAGAUUGAAGACCAGAUUGAGAAAUCUAUUGCUACAGUGCUUAAUUCAGAACUGAGAGAUGUAGCAUGAACGCCUUGAGAGAAGAAAACAGCAAACACUUCUGAGUUACACAGCAGAACCAAACAGGCACAGAAUCAUUUGCUGUAAGACAAAUAUCUUCAUACAACUCCAUUGAAAGUCCAUGUUGACCAAGUCUGCAUAAGAGCCAGCAAGCAAAUCCCACAUCCUGAGCAACUGCUCUAGUCGGAAGGCCACAGUGCUUCAUCAAAUUACAGGCACAGCUUUUCUCCAUUUUCUGCCCCAAUGAAUGUCUGCGCUAGGUCCAAAGCUUGGAGUGAUUUGCCUGAAGAGUGACAACAUUUACAAACCACUGAAAAUACCCAAGACAGUUGAAAAACAGAAGGAGUUUGAGGAGAAUGAGAUUACGCAGACGGGUGCAUACAGCACCAAGUUGGGCCUUUCCUGCCUGAACUUUGAAACUGACCCAUCUCUGAGCCCAGUUCUCAUCCAUUCAUCACAUUCAUCAACAAACCUGCACGCACGUACAGGGUCACUUGAUUGUAACAUUAGUUGCAAGGGGAUGACAGAGCGCAUUCACAGCAUCAAUCUCCACAACUUCAGCAAUUCUGUGCUCGAAACCCUUAACGAGCAACGCAACCGUGGCCACUUCUGUGAUGUGACAGUCCGCAUUCACGGGAGCAUGCUGCGCGCCCACCGUUGUGUGUUGGCGGCUGGCAGCCCCUUCUUCCAGGACAAGCUGUUACUGGGCUACAGUGACAUCGAAAUUCCCUCUGUGGUGUCAGUCCAGUCAGUACAAAAGCUCAUUGACUUCAUGUACAGUGGGGUGCUGCGAGUUUCCCAGUCAGAGGCCUUGCAGAUCCUCACAGCAGCCAGCAUCCUGCAGAUCAAGACUGUGAUCGAUGAAUGCACACGGAUUGUCUCACAGAAUGUGGGUGACAUUUAUCCAGUCAUCCAAGAUUCUGGCCAAGAGACACCUCGAGGAACUCCUGAAUCAGCCACUUCAGGGCAGAGCAGUGACACAGAAUCUGGCUACCUGCAAAGCCACUCACAACACAGUGUAGACAGGAUCUACUCAGCUUUGUAUGCCUGUUCUAUGCAGAAUGGUAGUGGAGAGCGUUCAUUCUACAGUGGAGCAGUGGUCAGCCACCAUGAAACAGCACUUGGACUUCCCAGAGACCAUCAUAUGGAGGAGCCCAGCUGGAUUACACGGAUCCAUGAGCGCUCACAGCAGCAGAUGGAGCGGUAUCUCUCCACUACUCCAGAAACCACACAUUGCCGGAAACAACCACGCCCAGUUCGGAUCCAAACAUUAGUGGGCAAUAUUCACAUCAAGCAAGAAAUGGAAGAUGACUAUGACUACUACGGACAGCAGAGAGUACAGAUCCUAGAGCGCAAUGAGUCUGAGGAAUGCACUGAGGAUACAGAUCAAGCAGAAGGCACUGAGAGUGAACCUAAGGGGGAAAGCUUUGACUCUGGAGUCAGUUCUUCUAUUGGCACUGAACCAGAUUCUGUUGAGCAACCAUUCAUAACUGGUGUAAACCGAGAAGGUCAACAAGAGGCUCCUCAAGCAGAACAAAACGAAGCUUCUGUUGAAAGCAUUCAGCGGCAGCACACAGAUGCCAAUUCCUCCUCACCAGAGAGAGGCAAUGACAUUGAAAGGGACAGCACACUACUCACUGUUAGUAACAGCACUGAAAAGGGGACUUUGCAGCCUUCAAUCACUACAACUGUUGCCCAAACAUUGCCAAGUACACAGCUCUACUUACGCCAGACAGAAACUCUCACCAGCAAUCUGAGGAUGCCGCUGACCCUGACCAGCAACACACAAGUCAUCGGCACAGCUGGCAAUACUUACCUGCCUGCACUCUUUACUACACAGACUGCUGGCAGUGGUUCUAAGCCUUUUCUCUUCAGCCUACCCCAAUCCUUAGGCCAGCAGACACAAUUUGUGACAGUGUCCCAGCCUGGCCUGUCAACUUUUACUGCCCAACUGCCAGCCCCACAACCCCUGACUCCUUCUGCAGGCCACAGCACAGCAGGUGGGCAGGGUGAAAAAAAGCCUUAUGAGUGUACCCUCUGCAACAAGACUUUCACCGCCAAACAGAAUUAUGUCAAGCACAUGUUUGUACAUACAGGUGAGAAGCCCCACCAAUGCAGCAUCUGUUGGCGGUCCUUCUCCCUAAAGGAUUACCUAAUCAAACAUAUGGUGACUCACACUGGUGUCAGAGCCUACCAAUGCAGCAUCUGCAACAAGCGUUUUACCCAGAAGAGCUCCCUAAACGUGCACAUGCGGCUCCACCGAGGGGAGAAAUCCUACGAAUGCUACAUCUGCAAGAAGAAAUUCUCCCACAAGACCCUGCUCGAAAGACACGUGGCUCUGCAUAGUGCCACCAAUGGAACACCUAGCACAACCAGCACUGGUGCAAGGGCUCUUCCCACUGGAGUGUUGGCCUGUGCAGAGGGAACCACGUAUGUCUGCUCUGUCUGUCCAGCUAAAUUUGACCAAAUUGAGCAUUUCAAUGACCACAUGAGGAUGCAUGUUUCAGAUGGAUAAGUAAACCUGUUCUGAUAUGAACAAAAAAGCCCAACCAGAGAAACGACAACAAAAAGAUAUGGCACUAGAUUUUUUUUUUCAUUUUUACUUUUUUUGUUUGUUUAUUUUCAUUUCAUUUUUGUACUACAUGAAGAACUGUUUUUUGCCUGCUGGUACAUUACAUUUCUGGAAGCUGGGUGAAUAGUAAUUAUCUCAGCCUUCCUUUGAUGGUGGCCUUAAGGCCAGAUAGUGUUUCAGGAGAUCUACUGGUUGGAUCUCUAGCUACUGGCCUCUAAAUACAACCCUUCUUUACUACAAAAAAACUUUUAAAAAUCUUUUUUGUCACUUAUGAAGAGCACUACAAAACAACAACAACAACAAAGAGAAAUAAGAAAUCUACAAGGCCUACUGUCGUAAGUACACCGCUUGCAGUGUUUCAGUGGACAGAUUCACAAUUCUGACCGCUUUGGACUUCACAGUAUCCAGUUAAAACUGUGGAAGAGAACCGUAUGUUUGAGUCACAACCACAGAAAACAGGCCCUAUUGGUUUCUGCCAUUAGUCGUUAUCACAAAAAGGGCUGCAGAGAAGCUCAAGGGAGUUCGGGUUGGAUGGUGUGGAGUCCCUGCAGGAUGGGGAAGGAGAAUACUAGGUUCCUCUUGUGGAUUCUGUUCCAUUCCACACAUUCUGAUUCAUGACCCCCAACUUCUUUCUCCCCCACUAACACCAACAACAUCUUUCAUCAAAAGCUAGAAACAAUGACAAAAAAAUGAGGUGGGCAAAGGUGGCUUUUUCGUAAUUUAUUCAGUGUCUUGGCUGAGCUCAAGCUCUCAGCACAAUCAGUGGGACUUUUGCAAAUAUCAAAGAGAAACAGCAAAAGGAAAAAAAAUCAAGAGGUUUUUUUUUCACCUAGUAUUCUAGGUACAAGAAAGGAUUAGCUCCCACAAUCUCUGGGGGUAAAAAUCAAAAAGGCUGCAUCAAGAUUUAUUCUUGUGGAGGGAAGUAAAGUAGAAUGUGGGUGGGGAGCAACUAAAAAGAGUUCUCAAGAUUUUUUUUUAAUUCAGAAUUUUAUAGAGGGACAGAAGUGGUGUUUACCAGAUAGAGUGCUGAUUUUUAAAAAAAUAUAUUUACCACAGUAUUUGUGUAAAAAAACAAAAAACAAAAGUGUAACCUUGUUAAAGUAAUUUUUGUUUUCUCUUUUGUUUUGCAUACACUGCCACUAAUAUCUGCUCAGUUUAUGUAACUGAAUAUAUAUGUGUGUAUGUGUGUGUAGAUAUAUAUACAUAUAUAUAUACACACAUAUGUAUGUAUGAAUAUAUAUAUAAUAAACACACACACAUAUACAUAUAUAUAUUGUUGUAGAUAAAGACUGUUAAGGUUAGGUAUCCUACUUCCAAAUAGCAAGAGACAAAAGCAGAGUGAGGUGAUCCUAAUGGUUUUUUUCAAAGAAGAGGAACAUGUGAGUCAACUUAUUUUCUGUUGUUUUUUCUCUGUGCUUGUUAUUAGUUUGAGAGUAGUAACCUGGGAGUAGAGUGAUAUUUGUAUGUGAUUUCUUUCAUCUUCUAGUGUCCAAUUUGUAGUGUCACUUGAAAAGCUGUUCUGAAUUUGGUUUUAUUAUUUCCUUGGGGGGUUUUAAAAAUGGGGUUCCAUCUAAGCUUUAGAUGAGAGGAAUUUAGUUUCCAGAAACAAGGUAUUAACACUAUUUCUCCAGCCAUUGGUUUUUAUCAUGAGGUCUGUAAGUCCCCAAAGUGAAAAAGAAGAUAUGUUCACUUACUGAGAUUGUUCUUAUACAUCCUAUUAUUAUCCAUAGUAAUCCACAGUUGAAUGUCUAGUUUACUUAAAUGUCAUUUUUUCAUUUUCCUUAAAAGUAGAAUUUAUCUUCCCUCUUUUUCAUCUACAAAAAUGUUAAAAUUAAUAGGUCACAUUUUGCUUUCUCUGCUCAUCCAAAGCAGAGUAAGUUAGUCAAGAGUCUUCUAAUUUUUGUACCGAUGACUUCCUCUCUUCCUAACACAGUUUUUGAUCAUAUACAGCAUCCCACAAAAGCAACUGACACUGUUUGGGUGCCUAGAUUAAUUGGACCAAUUUGUAACAACUCCAGUAAGCAUAUGUUCCAUGUGUCUUGAUUCAGUAAUUUCUAGCCAGGCAAAAAUUAUUUAUCAUAACAUACAAAGACAAGGACAAAGAGAAACUUAAUUUUAGUGUAUCUCAUUUUCAACCAAAUAUUUUGAGGUUGCAUUCCUAAUCCAGCAUGUUUCACAGGAAAAAAAAUGCCCAUGGAAUUCAAUGGGACCCAUUCCACGUAAAAUAUUGAGAGAGAGGCAGGCUGCGAGAUUUAUUAGACACUCCUCCAUGUUAGCAAUUUGAAACUUAUCCAGCUAUUCCUUGUGGAGGAAUCUUUCUAUUCUAUAGCACAAUCCUAUGCAUGUAUUCUCAGAAGUAAAUACCACUGAAUUCAAUGAGAUUUACUGUCAUUUAAGUAUAUAUAGGAUUGCAGUCUUAUUCAAUAAUUUAGCUGGGAUGAAAUCAUUGCAUUGAAUAUAUCUCAUUGAAAAUAUCUUCAUAUGAUGUCAUUUCUAACCUAAUACUUGCUACAAAUCUACAUAGGCUUGUCUUCAAAUCUUUAACAGUCACGCUGUGAUAUUUUUGGCAAAACCUGAUUCUGUUUCCAGACUUUCAAAAAGAUUUGCAUCAGAAAGAGAAAGAUAUGUAAGGUUCUAUGCCUGUACUUUGACCAUUUGGAUUCUGUCCCACUGAUGAGUCAGGAAAUAUAACAUCUCAAUCCUAAACAAUUUAAAUGGAAGGUAAUCCCAAGGAUUUCAGUAUAAAUUAAUAUCACACUGUGGUCCUUACUAAACAAGAUGAAAUAUAUAAUGAAGCCUAAUAAGAGAACUUUGAAUUCAGGAAAAUGUGCAUAGGAUUAAACAUAUAAAACACUGACUUUCACUGUAAUAUUUCAGAGUCCAAGGACAAACAAUAUCUGCAUCAGAAAGAAAUGUGUAGAAAAAAUGAGAAAACAGAGCAGGGACUGGACAAAACUAUAUGACAGUAUAUUUCAAAAGGUCGUCUUCAUGUAUUAUAAUGUGUUUUGCUUUAGAUUCUAAACAAAACAAUUAAGCGGUCAGUGAGGACCUAUCUGGUCCAAAUCUCUUCUCCAAAACUCUGGACUCCAACCUCAAGGCCUUCCUCCACCUUUUUCAGCCCCCCCCCCCCCCCAAGCUGGACUUCGAGUUCUCCCCCCCCCCCCCACUUCCCAUCUGCAAGCAAUUCAUUCAUUGCUUUCUACAUAAUAUUGUAGUGCAGGCCUACAUCAACUUCAGAGCACUGUGCCAGAAUUUUUUUAAAAAACCUAUGACUCAUGUAGUUCUAUAUAUCAUUCUGUCAUACUUUUUGCACCAUCUUUACUAACUUAAAGAUUCCCUGAUUCACUAUGUGGAUUAAUUUGGAUCCAAAGUAUGUAAUCUCCCUUGUGUAAAUCAGCAAUAUUAAAUUAGAAAAUCCAGUGCUCACCAAAAUAAUGUGAAUUUCCUUUAAAAAUAAGCAUUCAAAUCUACGCAUAGAACAAUCAAGGGCCUAGAUUAUGUGGCUGCUGAAAAGAGUGAAACUUAAAAGUUCAUAAAUGUUACACACUGCAUAUAUGUACAUAUUAACUGAAUUCAGAGUGAAAAAGUGGUUUUGCGCUCAGUAAACUCAGCAGAGAGGAGAGGGAGAAAUCCUGUCCUACCGUAUACUCAGGCAAAAUCACACUGCUGCAGCCUUUCCUGGCUUAUGUAUUCUUCCUCUGCUAUCUUGACUAUAAUAUUGCUUGGUCACAUCUGUUCUAGUUUUCAUCUGUGAAAUGUUGGAGUCUAUGAAUCCCCCAAGUACAAGCAUCUUAUUGUUCCAGUUGAGCUCUAAGGAUGAUGAGACAUUACCUGUAGUUGUACCAACACAUAGUGCAAAAAUUCAAGUGUUAUUCUCCAUAUUUGGACUACUAGACAAGGGCUUUUAGGCAGAGACUAUAGGUAGGUGAAUAUCCCUAACCUUAUAUUAAAUUGAAUGUACUGAAUGUCAUUUGUAUGAUUUGCUUAAAGAAAGUAUACUGUCAUAUACUUUUGAUACAAAACUUGUAAUGCUCACUCCCAAAACAAACAUACAGAAAAUAUUGGAAGACAGUUGUCUGGACUACAUUAUCAACAUAUUUUUAUAUAUACUUACAUCGUUCUGAGCAAUGUUGAUUGCCCCAAGUACUGGACGCUUUUUCUAACAUAAAGCAGUCAGAAAGUGAGAUAGAUUGUUUUUAUUUCUACAUUAAUUCCGAACUCUGCAGGAAGUGGCAAAUACAGAAGCAAAUGUAGCUGUGUUGCUUCAAAAGAAAGCAAAACAAAUAUCCCUCAAAUUGGACUUUUUAGCAGAUGUACUUGUAGUCAUUAGGAUCAGUUGCAAUUCUACAAUAGUGUGAAAAGUUUUUGAAGUCAUCAAACUCUUCAUUUGGCUCAUAAUAAUCAAAGGGAGAAUGAAAGAAAUUUGGAAGUUCCAAACUUUAGGUGAUCUUUUAGCCUUAAGGUCAUUCUAAGUGGCAUCUGGCAGUAAUAAAAUAAUAUGAGUAAUCUAGUAAAUACAGUAUACCUGUUGGAAGACUAUAAACACAUAAUUAGAAGGGUGAAAAAUAAGUAAAAUUGCAAUGCUUUCAUUUUAUCCCUGUUAUAAUCCCAUAGACAAUAACUCAUAAUUGAUGAGUUUGUCUUGGAACAAAAAUCCAGCUCUAUAAUAAAAGUAAUGGCAGUUUUUUUGACAUUUAUUUAAAACAGUUAAAGAUACAUUUGAGUUAUAGACAAGCAAUUGUAAAUAGCCAAUGUGUUCAAGACAAACAUCACAUUCCUUUGUGCAUUGGUUGGCAGUAAUUAAGUUCGUUGUUUUUGUUCGUUUCCCCACAUCCAAGAAAAUGAGUUAAUAUGUACAGUAAAAGGUGUCUUGAAAUCUCAUGACUUCCCUUCAAUGAAACAGCAUACAUGUAAUUUAAAUAUUUAAAUCACAUGUAUGCAAAUUCUACAUCAUAGUAGGAAGUAGCUUUCUACAACAUCACUAUCAGACUGUGUUCCCACCAAGAUCAGUGUUUGUUGUUUUUACUUUCAGAAGCUCAGCAGCAUCUCAGGCAGAUAAUUGUCUUUUCUGUCACCUGCUACCUAACUCUUUUACUGGAGAGGCCAGAAACAGAAUUUGGAGCCUUCUACAGGUCAAGCAAAUGCUCUACGACUAAGCCCCUUGCCUCUCCUUAAAAUGGCACCUCCAUGAAAUAGCCAAAAUAGUUUAGGAAACAGAUACACAACAUCAGCUCUAUGGGACUAUAGUUUCGAAGAGGAAGAAUCAUCCAAAAAUAUAGCAUCCAUGAAAAUAAUAUUUAUUCCAAAUCUCUCUACUGUUGGGAGUCUUAAUCUUAACUUCACAAUGUAACUCUGAAAUAUUCGUACUGUAAUACCACAGAAGUUGCUUAGAAAAAAUUGAUUUUUUUCUCUGAGAAGCAAUUGUAUUGCAGCCUUAUGUAGGAUUGCUGCCUUAAAACAAUAAAAAGAGGGAGGGGUGUAUUAUUUUUUAUACCAACAUAAAGAUAUAUGAUUUUAAAAUAUCCAUUCAUUUGUAUGAAAUGCUGCAUAUUUAGUUUUGAUUUUAAACUGCGAUAGUAUAUGAGAUGGGAAGGGUUGAGAGAGCUGUGAAGAGUCCAUUAGCUGGGAAAUAUUGGUGCUACUAUUAAAGUAGCUGCUGUGUAUUUGCACUGUACUGUGCCUGUUGGGUGUCAGUCAAUAUGUUGUAUUUUGGAUUCAUGAUGGACAAAAGCUUUCAGUUGUCCUGGUAUUAUAUUGAUAGUAACUUUUCAAUCUAUUUUCAUCAGUAAAUGUAUCUAAAUUGACAGAUGUGGCAAAUAACCCCUAUACAAAUGAGACAUGGAACUUCUGUGUGUUUUAUCAUAAUCACAUAGCAUAGGGGGGGUCAACUUUCAAUUGGUGUUUUAAGGGGUGUACAAGACCUCCCCUAAACCUGCUGCUCAUUGUCUCCAGUCCUUUCUGGUACAUAUCUAAUUUUAAUCCAGAGAGAUGCUAUCAAUGUUUUGUUUUACUUUUAACUAAACAAUUUGGAUUAGAUUGGGAAAUUAUCUAUUUUCUUCAACUAGGUCCAUUUAUUUAUUUUACCUUUGUUAUUUCCUCUGAUCUGGAACAAGUAUGGUUUGUGUUGGCACAUUUCUUUUUAUGGGAGGAAUGCUGUAACAAAGAUUCAAAUAUUAUACAUUAUUCUAUUUUUUGCACAACUUUCCAUGGAGUAAAACUCAUAUUUGAUUUACCUGAUUGGAAUCGUGCCACGUUGAAAGGAGAAAGUGCUACCAACAAAGCAUUUGGUUUGUUUUAGCAUGCAAUUAUUGCUGUGGUUAUGAAUAUGCUGCUAUACCAAGGUGUUAAUAUCGCCAUGCAGUUGUACCAUGGCAGUAAUUACACAUUGCAGCAUAUUACAGAGUAUGCUUACAGUCAGAUGAAAUAGGAAGAACUGGCACUAGCCUUAGUGCAAAUGAGCAGAGCAAGUUUCUAAAACAAUUUUAAUGUGGGGGGAGAGCAAGGAUGAUAUCAAGUCUUGUGUGUGUGUGUGUGUGUGUGUGUUUAGUCUAUCAAUGAUUUCCAUUAAGCAUUGCAAAAAUAAUUUUGCAGCUUGUUUAUGAAUUACAAUAUAGUUUUUAAAAACCCAGAGCACUGAAUGAUAUACCGUUAUCUAAUUACCUUCUUUUUUAGUCAUUGCCAGGUGGCAUUUCAGAUUAUUACUUUCACUGUCAGAUGUUUUCAUCUAAGUUUCUUUUACAUAACAGGCAUGUUUUUUUCUAAUGCUGAAUUGUAUUCAGGUCUCAGAUAUGCCUUUGUAGACAUGGUCAAUCCACGGUUCUAAAUAAGUUCUUACAAAACUAGUGGGUGCUGGUGCUUUUCUUCUAAAG